AUGCCAGAAUUAAGUCGAGAAGAAAAGAUUGCGGCGGCACAGAAAAAGUUGAGGGAGUUUCAAGCAGCUAAAGCUAAAAAACAGUCAAUUGAAACUUAUACAAGUCAGAGUUCUGGUUAUGAUGCACCAGCAUCUAUAGAAUACCAGGCUGAUUACUUGCUUGAACACGGUGAUUACCACUACACGCUAUCAGUUGAUAAGACCCAGUCGAUUCAGGGACAACAAAAACAAAAUCAACAGGAUUACUGUUUAUCAAGCGCGAUAAAUGCAGAUUAUAUAAAUGCUACAAUAUAUCAACCACAAUCUGACGCAUCAAGUGUCAUAGCAGCGUAUGGUGCGGUACCUACAUCACUUACAAAUUAUUUUACUAACCCCACCAACUACUAUUUUACUCCUUCUCUUUCUUCUCUUCCUAAUAAUAAUGAUAGUGGCUUUACUACUACUAGUUCCACUGUUUCUCAGAAUUGUAAUGAUCAGGGUAUUAUUUCUAAAGAUCUGGUGGCGGCUUCAAAUCUCAAUGAUCAAUCUUUACUGUCUUCAACUUCGAUAUCUGCAUUUCAGAUACCUAACAGAAUUCCGAAUCAAUCAGUCUUAUUGAUUAAUACCUCAAAUACCACGGAGUUAAAUUCACUCCCUCAUGAUCGUAUAGAUGGUGAUUACCAGAAUAAAAUAAAUUUUAAUAGUUCUUUUGUUAGUCCAACUUUCCGUAAUACUUCUUCCCCUACUUGUAAUGCAAAUAGUUCCAACCAAUUACAUGAGACAGCUUACGAACAAGUACGCCACUUGGAAAAUGAAGUUGGUGAAAAAGUAGCGGUCGAAAAAAUGCCUACGGCAGCAACAGAAAAACUGUUACAACUAACCCGUCAGCUAGAUGGUAUUCUAGAGACAUCGGAACGCUUAACGUCUUCAUUGCACACAUCAGGCGCCACUAGCCCACUGGUAAAUGAGUUCUGUUCAUUACGUACCAGUAACAAUGGAAUGCAGUCUUCACCACUAACUUUACUGGAACCGUACAAUUAUCCUGAAUCUAAUCAACAGCAUCAUCAAACUGUUGAAUCUUAUGAGCAACAGCAAAAGGAGUUUGUACGCUCUACUCCGAAUUCUUUGUCGGGACAAUCAUUUCAGAUGUGUUCUGGUCAAAAUGCGUUAGUUCGUGAACUUGAGGAACGAAAUGUUGAACUAGCAUCAAUGUUGGAAAAACGCAACCGAGCUUUUGAAGGCCUACAAGUUAAAUUAGAAUCAAUUAAAGAACAGUAUGAGCGUCGGUAUAAUGAUAUGGCUACUGAACGUACAAAUCUGCAAAAUAGUUCACAACGUGACUUGGAGAAAACUAGAGAACAAAUACGUGCGCACGCUAAGACUAUUGGAGUUUUAGUGGCUGAAAAGACCGAACUUCAGUCUCAAAUUACACAUUUAGAUAAUUUAGCAGCUCAACGACUGAAAGAAAUUGAAGAAACCAAUGCUCGUUUGAAAACAUCACGUCAACAGAUUUUAGAUUUGGAACGUAGUGCAGCAGAGGGUAAAGCGGCACUGAAUGAAUUACAAACUGGUAAUAAUAAACUUCAACAUCAGAUUGAACGUCUUCAAACAGAAAUAAAACGGGAGAAAAAUGCACGUCAAAAUCUUGAAGAUGAAUUAUCAGAGACAAGUUCACGAUUGACAGCUAAGUCAUGCCAGUUAGCCCAAAUGGGAAUCAACCUAAAUGAAUUAAAACAACAACUUGAACUAUCUCAGAUUUAUGCCAAUCAAUUAGGCAGUACAGAAGAUAGUUUAAUCCAUUCUGAGAAGGAGAAAUAUCGUGAUCAACAAGAAUGGUUUAUCGAGCGAGCUGAUUUGCAGAACCGAUUAAAGGAACUGGAAUUAUCGUUGUCUUCUGCUGACACAGAGAAAGGAAGGCUAGAAUCUCAGUAUCGAAACUAUGUUGCGCAGGUUGAACAGCAAUGCAGUGAAUUGCGUUCUCAACUAUCGGAAACAAAUAAAUUGAAGCAAGAAUUAGAGCUGUCUUUGGAAUCAGUUAACAGGCAGUUACGCGAGAAAGAUGAUGAGAUUAAUGAUUUAACUUGUCGUUUGAACUCAGUGCAAAUGUGUCCUAGUUCACUACCAGUUCAAACUCAAUCACUUACUUCCGCUUCUUCCCCUGUCAAUGAUGAACAGAUUCUUGUCACUUCAUCAACUGAUCAGUCAUCAAUAGAACGCAUUGAAUCACUUGAAUGUCAGUUAAAACAUCGUUCAGAAGAAUUAGACAAUUCAACCUCUGAGAUCCAGAGAUUAAAUAUGCAGUUAUGUUUGCUUCAUGAAACUGUGGAACACCUACAAAGUUCACUGGCUGAUCGAGACAACGUCUUGGCUACAGCCACAUCUGAACGAACGGCUUUAAGUCGCGCCAUGGAACAGAAUAAAAGCCUAAAGCAACAACUAUCUGAUUUGCAAGAUGCCUACUCACAAAUGAGUGAAACAAAUGUCAAUCUAACUAGCAGAUUACAACAACUGGAAUCUGAUUGCCAACAGUCAAGGGAUUCAGUGUUAAAUUAUCAGAAGCAAAUAGAUGAACUCCAUAAACAGUGCGAUACUUGGCAGUCAGAAGUGGAGUUAGCAAAUGAAAUGAACUCUGCGUUAUUUAAACAAAUUGAACAUUUAAAUGUUUUGCAAACAGACAGUCUAAAUCAAGCUGUAAAUGCUACUAAUAGCUCUGCAUCAUUUGUGGAUAAUACAAUACAAACUGAUGAUAUUAAGGAGGAGCAUGGUGACCUGCUAAAGAUUGACCAUGUUCAAGGUGAACAAAAAUCAGAGGAUAUAAGCAUGUUACUAACAACACUUGAAACGAAUCAAGUCCAUCUCAACCAACUAACAGAAGAGGUUGCAGUCAUGAGAAGUUUGUUGACACGCUUUUCUACACUUUGUCAUGGGCUAAAACAAAUAAAAGAGCAGGUUGAAUGUGUUGAGUUCGACGAUCCAGCCUAUUUUAUCAGUUUGUUGGAGGAGUAUGUUAAUAAGCAAUCCCAAAGUAUGAAUGACACCUCUGCUCAGUGUUCAUUAGCUGUUGAACGUACGGAUUUAGAAGAAUUUCAAAAACUUCAAGUUGCUCAUACUCAGUUAGAAGCUAAAUUUUUGAAGUGCAUGGAGGAACUUAGUUGUGUUUCAGAUGAACGCAGUCGAUUAGAAAGUAUAAAUGCUCAAUUGGAGAUGGAAGCUACAACAGUUGGAGAAUAUGUAACACUCUUCACACACAGACGUGCUGGAGCUGCAAAACGUGCUAGAGCUCGUGAACUGUUGCUACAACGCCUGGUGGAUGAUAGAAGACGUUUGCGUGUUCGUCUACAGAAGCUUUAUACACAAGUGAAACCAGCGUAUAAUCAAGAUAUUGCUGAAGCCAACCAAGCCGUACUUGUAGAAAAUAAGAACGCAGCAGUGGAUGAUGCAGAGAAUUUUUCGAGCAGAUUCCUUGAUGAAUUUCAAAAUCUUAUUCAAGAAAUUGAACCUUCCGUUGAUGAGGCAGAAUUCGAGUCCGGUCUUUCAAACUUAAAUGAUGAAGAUAUAGGCGAGUUAACGAAAGACUCAGCUGACAAAAAACUCGUCCCUGAACAUUUCGUCCCAGAUGAUCUUCAAAAAAACAACUACUUGCCAUUUUCAUCAUCAUUGGAAAGUCUACGAUACCAUGCCCUGCAUCAUGAUUGUCCGCACUGCAAAUGUUGCGUUGGUACAUUGUUAGAAGUGUAA